AUGGUGUAGUUGGUUAUCACAUGUGUCUAACACACACAAGGUCCCCAGAUCGAGCCUGGGUGAAAUCACUGUUUCUUUUUAUUUAUUUUCUAUGGAUGAUUUAUGUCUCUGGAUGCUCCUUUUUUUGUUUAUUUGUCGCGUUUAUCGAUGUGCACGAUGAAGGUGUGUAUAGAAUAGAAUAGAAGAGAAGAGAAGAGAAUCAUGAUUACAUGUGUGUAUGUUUGUAUGAAUCAAUAUACUCAACAGUGACAGUGACCGUAUCAUAUCUGUAUACCCAAGAUGUAGUAUGUGUGGUAUAUGUGGUAUGUGUGUGUGUAGAAAAGAAAAAGAAAAGAAAAAAGUAUUCACAAAAAUCAACCCCCAAAACUCCAUUCAUCCAUCCCAAACCCCCCAGUCGGAUCCAUCAUAACAUCGUGAUAAUAGUACUCGUAUCGCCACCUCCCGUGAGGCCGGGCGAUACGAACAAGAAAGCAAAAACAAACCGAAAACCGAAAAAACAACAGGAAAACAAACAAACAAAACAAAACAAACAAACAGCCGUCCCAGUUUGUAUAGCAGCCACGCUACUGCGCCAUCUCAACAUCCCCAAUCUCCAACUGCACCAACUUCCUAACCCACUCCUUCCCUUCCUCCUCGGUCAUGCCCUCGCCGCCCUCGCCCGCACUAUUCAUCCCCUGCUCCUUAACCCACUCCUUCAGCCUCUCAAUCUCCCUCGUCCUAUCCUCAGCGGUGACCACCUCUUCCUGCAUCUCCUCGAACUUCUCAUGCGCAAACGGCAGGAGGUGCACCGUGACCUCAUCGACAAAUCCGACUCUCUUCGCCCUCCUCGCGAGCCUUGCGCGUGGGGUGCGUGGCGUCCUCGGCGUGCGUGGCGUCCUCGGCAUAAAGCUGGCACUCGGCGUGCUCGGCUGAUGGGCAGACAUGGCCUUACGUCCGUGGCGGUGUCUCUGUCUUCUUUUUCUCUGGCGCUCCUCGUCGGUGCUGCUGCCGGGGCUGGAGAGCGGGCUGGGCAGCGACGGCGACGGCGCAGUGAGUGUACGGUUCAGCCGCGUGUUCCGUGUCGUCGGCGAGACGGCCGAAAGAGGCGUGCGAAGGCCGGAGGGAAGGCUCGAUGCUACGACGCCGGAGUGCACUUGUAGAGACAGCUUGGGGCGGGGCCGGGCGGCCCGAGAGGGCGGGAGCACGAAGACCGUGUUCAUCAACGGGCUCGGGGGCGGGAGGGUCGCGAGGAGCAUGCUGGGUGUUUGUGGGGGGUGAGAGGGGUGAGGGAGGUGUUGAUACUGGUGGUGGUGUUGAUAUUGGCUGGCUUGUGGGAGCUGGCGGUGGCAGUAGUAAUAACAAUAGCAGUGGUGCUUCGCUUUGACUAUUCGAUCUGGCUUUUCCUUGGAUGGAUGCUCCGAAUGACUGGGCGCUGGCGUCCUCUUGAGUCUUUAUCGAUGCUCUUCACCUGCUGUCUUCGUGUCUUGUGUCUUCGGGGGGGGGGAUGCUGGCUAGCGAAACCGUGGGGAAGCGC